CCGUCCGCCGCCGUCCGCCGCAGCCCUCCCCUCGAACCGGGUUGUGGAGGUAGAAACAAGAGCAGCACCGGGUCUCCCUCUUCUCCCUCGAAUAUGGAGCCUCCAUUCCUCUGGGAAGGCACGGGCCGUCUCAAACGGAGAAUGACGGAGCUCGACCACCGCAUCAACGGUCUCCUGAUCCGCUCUCUCCUGGACUUGUUCCUUUACGGCGUUGGCCUGUCCCAAAUGUCGCGCCUCUUUAUCACUGGGUUCGUGUGGAUGCCUUUCUCGCUGUCCCUCAUCAUAUUCGCCAUCGGCUGCUUCUACGGGUACAGCCGUCUCCGGCUCCUGCGGGCUUACUCCAUGGAGAUGGAGCGCGUGGCAGCCGUGCUGGAUGGGAGACGACGGACAUUGCUCGAGCUUGGUAGGAACCGUGAUGCCUGGGAGGCGGAGAUGGCCGGGAUAUUGGCUGUUCCCGCUUGGACCCACCAAACUCAGGGUGCUAUGAACGCGUUGCUCUUUGUGUUCUUGUCGGUCGCUCUUAUAUAUCCACAAUACCCAUUCGAGCGUUAUGUUUGAGUUUAUAUGGGAUCGUCUAUGUGAAUCCAUCUAUCUAAUAUAUGUCUCUAUGUGUACUCUGACAUGAAUAGACUCUGAUAUUCAUGCUA